GCAAUCAUGUCUCCACGAGUCAUCAUCUUUGGCGCAUCUGGCGCUGUCGCCCGGGCUGCAGCAUUUGAAGCCCAGAAAAGAGGGGCCACUGUAUUUCUCGCUAUGCGAGACACCAACAAGGCCAUCCCCGGCCUCACGCCCGAGAUCGAACAAGAGCGCGGCUUCAAGCGAGUCAAGGCAGACUUGUCGGAUCCAAAGUCUGUCCAAGACGCCGUUUCUGAAUCAGGCGCAACCGCUGCGUUUACGUAUAUCGUCCAUGGGGUGCAAGAUGGCCUGCGUGCGACUCUCGACGCUAUGAAGAAGGCUGGCAUAUCCCAUGUCGUUCUGCUAUCUUCAUACACGUUGUACCGACACCCGAACGCGAAAGCUGCCUUGAACAGCUCCGAUUUUAUUCCCGCGGCCCACGCCAAGGCCGAUGGAUUCAAGAAAGGAGAAGUCAAACUACUGAAUCUAGGGGCAGUCAGUGAUUAUAUCGCACCAGAGGACAUUGGAUCUGUUUGCGGUGUGAAGCUGGUUGAGCAUGAGGCAGAGUCUGAGAUUGUACCCUUGUGCGGUCCAGACCUACUCACGCAGAAAGAAGCUUGGGAGAUUGUUGCAGAGGCAACGGGUCGUGACUUGACCAUCACAGAGAUAAGCGAAAAGGAGUUUAUCGCCACAAAGAAGGAGAACCUUCCUGGUAUUGUUGCUCAUGCUCUUGCUGAAUACUUCCUUGGGGACGACAAGGCAAGAUAUCCGGCGGAUCGGUACAAGGAAGCUUCGGCAAACAUCAAAAAGUACACGGGGAGAGAUCCGAUCAAGCUUUCUGCGUGGAUCAAGGCGCAUAAGGAGGAGGUGUUCGGUAUCUAGUGGACCUAUAUCGAACGCCAAGAAUUUGGAUCAUGUACGUGGUGAGCUGCGUAGGGGUGGAAUGUUCCGGCCCAAUGAAGCUCAUAUGCACAUUGGCAAGCCACUCACGGGACCGUUGACGUGUCUACCUCGAGUGCACCUCGUCGGUCAAUUCCCUCAUUCUCACAAUAUAUGUACAGUCGAUGGCAUAACCAGCCUCCCGUUUAUCACACAACUCGAUGUUUACUUGACCACUG